AUGGCGACGGACGCCGCGGCGGCGGCCGCAGCCCUAGCCCACGAUGCCGACGCGGUGGAAUCGGGCAACCUCCUCCGCCGCCGCAACGUCGGGAGCAAUGCCGACGACGACGCCCACGCCGAGGAGGAGGAGGAGGCGUCCGUGGAGCGGGCGUUCCUGGACAAGCCGGUGCCGACCUGGACGGAGCAGCUGACGGUGCGCGCCUUCGUGGUGGGGUUCAUCCUCUCCAUCCUCUUCAGCGUCAUCGUCAUGAAGCUCAACCUCACCACCGGCAUCAUCCCGUCGCUCAACGUCUCCGCCAGCCUCCUCGCCUUCUUCCUCGUCCGCCUCUGGACGUCGGCCAUCGAGAGGAUGGGCUUGCUCAAGCAGCCCUUCACGCGCCAGGAGAACACCGUCAUCCAGACGUGCGUCGUCUCCGCCUACGGCAUCGCCUUCAGCGGUGGGUUUGGCAGUUACCUGUUUGCUAUGAGCGAGACCAUUGCUAAGCAAGCAACAGAAGCUAACGAUGCAAUGAAUAUCAAGAACCCCCAGCUCGGAUGGAUAAUAUGUUUUCUGCUUCUCGUUAGUUUCGUUGGGCUUUUUGCUCUGGUUCCCAUGAGAAAGGUUAUGAUUGUGGACUACAAGCUCACAUACCCAAGCGGCACUGCAACUGCUUAUCUUAUCAAUGGAUUCCACACACCACAAGGUGCUGAGCUUGCAAAGAAGCAAGUUCGGACAUUGGGCAAGUACUUCUCGCUAAGCUUCGUCUGGGCCUUCUUCCAGUGGUUCUACACUGCCGGGGAUGAUUGUGGAUUCAAUUCCUUCCCAACACUUGGCCUUGAAGCUUACAAGAACAGGUUCUAUUUUGAUUUCUCGGCUACUUAUGUUGGUGUGGGAAUGAUCUGCCCCUAUCUCGUAAAUGUAUCUCUUAUGAUUGGAGGCAUCCUCUCGUGGGGCCUAAUGUGGCCACUCAUAAGCACAAAGAAAGGAAUUUGGUACUCUGCCUCUCUUCCAGCAAGUAGUCUACAUGGACUGCAGGCUUACAAGGUGUUCAUAACAAUAGCAGUAAUUCUUGGGGAUGGCCUGUUUAACUUCAUGAUGGUAUUCUAUAAAACAGUGAAAGCUUUCGUACAAAUGUAUAAGAACAGAUCAAAAUCACUUCCCGUCUCUGACAAUGGUACUCCUGUCGCCACUGUGGAAGCUGAGUCUUUUGAUGACAAACGUCGCAAUGAAUUAUUCAUGAGGGAUCAAAUUCCCAAGACAAUUGCAUUCGGGGGUUAUGUCAUCCUAGCAGUGGUAACGAUUGUUUGCCUUCCACACAUCAUCCCGCAGCUCAAGUGGUACUACAUUUUGGUUGCAUAUAUCUUUGCACCUAUACUGGCCUUCUGCAAUGCCUAUGGAUGUGGCCUAACAGAUUGGUCCCUGGCCAGUACCUAUGGUAAGGUUGGAAUCUUUGUGUUCGGUACGUGGGCAGGUGCUUCGCACGGUGGCGUGCUAGUAGGAUUGGCUGCCUGCGGUGUCAUGAUGAACAUUGUGGGAACAGCUGCUGACCUGAUGCAAGACUUCAAAACUGGGUAUAUGACUUUAGCCUCACCAAGGUCCAUGUUCGUCAGCCAGGUGAUAGGCACUGCAAUGGGCUGUGUUGUUUCACCAUGCGUCUUCUGGCUGUUCUACAAGUCCUUCAAUAUUGGUGCCAGUGACAGCGCUUACCCAGCACCAUAUACCAUUAUGUACCGUAACAUGGCAAUCUUGGGUGUCGAUGGCUUCUCUGUUCUCCCGAAGCACUGCCUCACGCUGUGCUACAUUUUCUUUGCUGCUGCAUUCGCCAUCAAUGCUAUAAAAGAAUGGCUGCCCAAGAAGGUGUCGAAGUUCAUCCCAAUCCCCAUGGCAAUGGCGAUCCCUUUCUACCUUGGACCAUACUUCGCCAUCGAUAUGUUCAUCGGCAGCACCAUACUCUUCUGCUGGGAAUGGAUGAACAAAGCGGAUGCACAGGCGUUCGCACCAGCAGUUGCAUCUGGAUUAAUGUGUGGUGACGGAAUUUGGGCCCUGCCACAGGCUGUUCUUUCUCUUGCCAACGUGAAUCCUCCGAUUUGCAUGAAGUUCCUGUCAAGGGCUGCCAAUGCCAAAGUGGACGCCUUCCUCGGGAACUAG